AAAAACAAAACCGUGCGUUCAGAAAAUAAUUGUGUCCUCCUUUCUUCAUGACCAAACUUGCAAGCUCCAAUUCCCAAAGGAUAGUCCUACGCUCACACAAGAUCCCAUAACCGGAAUCGUUUAUAUGAGUCGGUUGACUCGCCCAUUCAACCCAGUCAGCUCGGUUGAGACACUCCGGUCUCUCUUACUCCAAGCCUCUUUUACUAAAUUCCCUCCCCGUUUCUCCCAGACAAUCUGGUCUCUUCCCAAUUUCAAACGGUUCACACCCCUCAAACCCCUAGAAUUUUCCUCUUUUUCCACCAUUGCCAACCGUCCCAAUUACAGACCGACGGUGGCAAUGGAACCGAAACGGACGGAAUCAGAUCCCCCGAGCGGCGAUGAUUUCGUCCGCAUAGAAAGCCCUUACCGUAAUGUCGUGGACAUAUUAAGCGAUAGCAUCGUGAAAGUUGAAGAGGAAGAAGAAGAGGAGAUGCAAAAAGAGGAUUACAAUAACAACAACGACGUCGACGUUUCGAGGAACGAAAGAUCUGAUUCUUCCGAGAGAAGGCAUGGGCUUCCCGAGGAGCUUUCAAGGAGCAUGAUGGUUCUCUCGUGCGAAUCUUCCGCCGAGGGCGGCAAUUGCGAUGUUUACUUGGUUGGGACUGAGCAUGUUUCUCAGGAAUCAUGCAGAGAAGUUGAAGCUGUAAUCAGUUAUUUGAAACCACAGGUUGUUUUCUUGGAGUUAUGCUCAAGUCGAGUCGCGGUGCUUACUCCCCAAAAUUUAAAGGUACCAAGCAUGGGAGAAAUGGUAGAUAUGUGGAAAAAAAAGCAUAACAUGUUUGGUAUCCUUUACAGCUGGUUUCUUGCCAAGGUUGCUAGUAGGCUUGAAGCUUUCCCUGGGUCUGAAUUUCGUGUGGCUUAUGAAGAAGCUAUGAAGUGUGGCAAGGUGAUUCUUGGUGAUCGUCCUGUACAGAUUACAUUGCGGAGAACCUGGGUGAAAAUGCCACUUUGGCAUAAGACUAAAUUAUUUUAUUCUUUACUUUUAAAAGCGGUCUUCUUGCCAAGCGCUGAAGAUCUUAACAAAAUGCUGAAGGACAUGGAUGAUUUUGACAUGCUGACUCUUGUGAUUCAAGAAAUGAGCAAGGAGUUCCCAACACUAAUGGAAGCCCUUGUACAUGAGCGGGACCAGUUCAUGUCGUCUACAUUACUAAGAAUUGCGAGUGAGCAUAGUUCAGUUGUUGCAGUCGUUGGUAAGGGGCACUUGCAAGGAAUUAGGAAAUAUUGGAAGCAACCUGUUUCGAUAAAUGAUCUCAUGACAAUUCCUUCUCAGAAACCGACAGUUUCAACCGGCAAAAUUCUUGCAACUCUCGGCAUUGCCGCUGCCAGUGUGGCUAUCAUUUCGGGCAUCUAUCUUGCAAGCAAGAAGUAAUCCAUUACUAGCAUUUUUGAUUGAGCAAAACUCCAAAAUUGCGGUCUUUGUAGAUUUUGGUGAAAAAGCCUUCCUAAGCUGACGAAACUAAUAACCAGUUUCUUUCACAUUUAAAAUUGGAACCAACUUUUGACAAAAACAAAUACUAGUUUUUUUUGCUAGCAAUUAUUAGUAAUUGUGUUAAAAAGUUAUUUUAUCAUUAUGUAUCCUUGUUUAUGAUCAUAAAUUUCUUUCAGUUUUUCAUUUUAUCAUUAGUAA